AUGAUCAGACUACUCCUGAUUAUUUCUCCCUUCUUGGGCACCGUCUCUGCAGUCUGUUGCUUGCCAAUCAUGCUACCCAAUCCUCCAGCCUAUGAGUGCUCUACAAUUAGAUCAUCGUCCGGUAAGGGCACCCAGGUCACGUGGAAUGUACUACAAGGCCUGAUACUUGCAAGAGGCAUGGAUUUUGGGAAGGAAAAGCGUCCGAAGAUGCUUACUACAUCAACUCAACAAAUAACAACGCUAAUAGGCGCUGGGUCUGCGUUGCAGCGUUAUGAAGUCAGUAAGUUGGUAGACGCUUGCAGACUAAAGCCACCAACUCUUAUCGGUGGAUUCGACUCGAUCGUUGUUAGCAAUAGAGGUGCUGAGGCGGAUAUGUCAGUGGAAUUGGUAGAGAAGAAGGAGCAAGAAGUGGAGUUGAAUUCCACAUAUUAUACCUCUCCGGUAAUUACAAUUUAA